CGCGAAAAUGUCGCGUUCUACGAAGUCCAGGCGGACGUGUUGUGUUGUAGGUUGCACUAACACUCCUGCAAACACGGCAAAUGCUCCCGAAGCAGUGCAUUUUUACAGAUUCCCAGCGUGGGCCCACUUUGGCGAGCGCCGUCAAACGUGGAUCCGCUUGGUCCGUAGGCAGAGGAUCGACGGCGCUGGGGACUGGGAACCCGGUGCACACGCACGUAUUUGUAGCCGCCAUUUCGUCGGUAAUCGGAAGUCUGACGAGUCGUCCAGCCCGAGCUACAACCCAAGCAUUUUUCCAGCUGUAUAUAAGAAAAGAAGCCUCCCAGCUGAUUGCCUGGGUCGUUACAAUCGGUUGAAGAAAAGACGUACAAAUGCGCCAGGGCCCUCUUCGGCGCCUACCCCUGCUGCACCAACCGUGGGCAAGCCUACGGAUGAGCUGCUGCACAAUGCAGACAACCGCGGCCAUGCUGAAGGAGCCUGGGGAUUUUUUGAAGUGAACACAAGAGAGAUUGGCACGAUGACAAUAACCAGCUCUGAAGAAUCGUUCGCUGACCCUCACAUUUUCCUCAGUGUUACAGAUGGUACCACUGCAUCUGCCCAAAUUUCAUGCAGAUUUUUCUCGGAACACACCGUUCAAACAAACUGCAAUAGCUAGUUGCACUGCAGCAGGGCCAGACCACACGACCGUUUAUUUUUCCGGCAAACCAGCGAGCCUGCCAUGCUAAGCCUGUGUGCAGUGACUCUUCCCGUCUUUUCAUUGUUUUUGAGUAUGCUUCCAGAGACAAGAACUGAAUAUGAGCUGAGCAAAGCUGACCGACUGACACUUUUCUACAUGAAACUUAAGACCGGUCUCAGUUACACUGCCCUGGGUGCCUUGUUUGGUGUACACCGCAGGACUGCAGCUAGAUGUUUCAAUAAUGUAUAACGGCAGGGUUCCCAAAAUCACAAGGAUGGAUUCAAUGGCACCAUAAAGAUUAUGUGAAGUCUACAAUGCCACCAUGCUUUAAGCAACACUAUCCACAGUGCAGAGUAAUCAUCAACUGCACUGAGAUCAAAGCAGAGCGUCUCAAGUCAGUUGAGGUGCAGAACUUGAUGUACUCACAGUACAAAUGGACAUACACAGUGAAAUUCCUAAUUGGAAUUACUCCCAAUGGCACCAUAAUGUUCCUAUCUAAGGCGUAUGGAGGCAGGUCAACACAUCCUUUUAUUGCAGUUGACUCGGGCAUCCUUUCUUUGCUAGAGCCUGGAGACAUUGUACUGGCUGACAAAGGCCCUCCCUGGAGUGCGGGUCGACACAGCAGAGGCAAAGGCAGUCUUAGUUAUGCCACCUUUUUCAGCAGGGGGAAACUUCACGAAAGAAGAAAUGAAUGAGACAUACAACAUUGCCAGUGUCCGUGUUCAUGUAGAGCGAUUCAGCGACUAAAAAUUUUCAAUAUUCUUAAUAUACGGCUGCCAAUUGAGCUUCAUGACCACAUUGGCAGAAUUCUGCAUGUGAUUUGUGUAUUGGCCAACUUGCAAAGUAAUAUAUUCAAGAAGUGCGAGUAAUGUUUCAACCAUGAUAAAUAAUGUGCAUACAGCAAACAUUUUAGCUAAUGCACGAGUCAGCAGCACUCAGGCUUCUAUACAGUAGUGAAGAAAAAUAUAGUUUGCAUUUCAGAUUCACUGAGCUAAAGGGCUGAGAAAGCAAUUGCUGUGUUACGUACGGCCUCUAUCCUAUGGUAACACCCUCUUGCAUACUCACUGCCAUGUUAUGUACGCAGCAUAGCUCACCCAUCACUGACACAACUUGCAUCUUCCAAAAAUGUAUUACAAGGAGAUUGUAUAAUCAAUCAGUAUGUGAAGACA